CGGACAUAUGUCCGUGCUCACUUCGUCGUCGACACGUCAUGGCACGCUCAUUACCAAGGCCUACUCAGCGUAUGCGCGUACGUCUGAGCACGGACCGGCUUCCGCGCAUGUACGCCGUACUCAGUAGUGUUUGAAUACAGAUGCAGAUGUGCGGAAGGAUCUCCUCCCAUCGAAGCCCGGGCGAAGUGACCCGAUCGCACAUCGACAACGACAUGUACAUUUGUACGGUUAGAUGUCGAUGUCGAUGGCUAUGGCUAUCGAUCCAGAUAUAGGAACCUUCCAAGAUUCCAGGAUCUCCAAGGACAUCGACACAUGCACGUCCAACACGAGCGCAGAAGCGGGGAGCCUGGCCAUCGAUCCUAACGAAGAGCCGGAUCUUCCUGCAGACGUCUCCAGAUGACAAGAUUUCCGGAUACGUGGUGUAGCCACUCAAGAGAGACGCGCGGGGAGCCAUGCGAGAAGGCGUCGUGCCCUCAGCCCAGCUUCGACGGCGCCCAGCGUGUGGACGCGAGUUGCACGGAGGGGUGUACUUGACUUGACUUGACGGCGGACGGGUCCUACGGAACGCUCUCGGUGCCGCCGCUCGCGUGUGGCAUGGCGGGUUCCGAUCCGCAAGGCAUCGAUCGGGUGGUGUAUGGCGCCGCCGUGUAUAGCUAUGUACAUGCUUUACGAC